UCAAAUGAUAAAGUUCAAGCCUCAACGGCCAAGGGAUUCACAGAACUGGAUUUUGUUAAAUUCUCAUAACCUUUAGAGCUGAAAUAAUCCAGUAUGAAAGUCAAAGUCAAAAGUUGGACAGCUGUGGCUACCUGGAGGUGGAUAGCCAAUGAUGAUAACUGUGGGAUCUGCAGAACAGCCUUCGAUGGUUGCUGCCCUGACUGUAAAAUGCCUGGUGAUGACUGUCCUCUUGUGUGGGGCCAGUGUUCCCAUGUCUUUCACAUGCAUUGCAUCCUGAAGUGGCUCAACUCACAGCAGGUUCACCAGCUCUGUCCGAUGUGCAGGCAAGAGUGGAAGUUCAAGGAGUGAAGAUGGAGACAGUUCUGAAGACAGUUCUGCAGACAGUGCCAGAGUCAGUUCUGCAGACAGUUCCGGAG